AUGCCACCCCAGAAGCCUGGUGCCCCGGACUGCAGUUUUGAACCGCCGCGUUCUCUCAUUGAGAACCUUCCAGCGACGUGGAGCAGAGCAACCAGAGUAGGAGCCGGGCUUCGCAACAUGGGCAACACCUGUUACGUGAACGCGGCUCUGCAGUGUCUGACCCACACACCGCCCCUGGCAGAAUACAUGCUGUCCCGAGAACACUCAGCAACGUGUAGGCAACACGCCUACUGUGUGCUCUGCACCGUGCAGGCUCACAUCACCCAAGCCCUGUGCCAUCCCGGACACGUCUUGGAACCCUCGCCAGCACUGGCUAGAGGCUUCCAUAGACAGCAGCAGGAAGACGCCCAUGAAUUUCUGAUGUUCACUCUGGAUGGCAUGCAGAAAGCCAGCCUGCCAGGGAACAAGCAUUCCUCAAGCCUCUCUGAGGACAACGGCCCGAUUCGUCAAAUCUUUGGUGGUUACUGGAGAUCUCGAGUCAAGUGUCUUCAGUGCCAGGCUGUGUCAGACACCUUCGACCCUUACCUGGACAUUACCUUGGAUAUCCAGGCAGCUGAGAGCGUGAAGGAAGCUUUGCAACAGUUAAGCAAGACCGAAGAACUAGCUGGUGAGAACUGCUAUUACUGCAACGUUUGUCAGAGGAAGGUACCUGCCUCCAAGACUCUGAACAUGCACACUUCCCCUGAGGUCCUCAUGCUGGUUCUGAAAAGGUUCUCAGGCAUGCCAGGCCACAAAGCGGCUAACUACGUGCAUUAUGAGGAGUGUCUGGACUUGGGUGGAUGCCUGUCUGAAGAGAAUGGAAGAGUGGCCCCUUACAGACUCUAUGCAGUGCUGGUCCACUCCGGCCCGACUUGCCACUCUGGGCAUUACCUCUGCUACGUGCGGGCCGCCAAUGGUGAGUGGUACCAAAUGGAUGAUGCCAAGGUAUCUGCCUGUCAUGCGACUUUGGUCCUCAAACAACAAGCCUACAUCCUGUUUUACAUCCAUCAGAGUCAGUCGACAGGCGAGGCUGGCAGUGUGCCGCAAGCCAGCAGAUCAACGGGAUGCCGAAUUGAGGAUUCGGAAACGAGCCUCAUCUCACACACGGAUGGAGCAAAUGCCACCAGACACGGUCCACCAUCACAUGAGAAACACCCGGAUGAAUCCUCUUCUAAGCAAAUGACCUUGGAGGAGUGGAAAAGCCUCCAAGCCCGAGAGAGUGUGAAGCCUGAAUUCAAGCUCAGGGAAAUCGACACGGGCCUCCCCUCAAAUGCAGUGGUAAUUCACAAGUCAAAAGCCAGCCUUGGGCCUGGAAAGGACUGGCAGGAAGAGGAUGCCCGCACACCUGAUAUCAUGGACAGAUACAUCCCUGGAAUGGUGCUGCCUGGAAACAUUGGCUAUGGAUUCUGUGGGGGCGGCAUCUCCAGAGAGAGCAACAAGAAGAAGAAGAAGAAGAAGAAAGGAAAGGGUCCCAGACCACUGGAGGGAUUCUAG